UCCAAGCACAUGCUCGAUUUGAAAUUGUUGUCAACGUAAAUGAUUAGUGAUAACUGAUUAAUCAUAAUGUCUCAUGCCAAAAUAUUAUGUGUAUUUUUUCUUGGUUUUUCCGGAUUUUUCAAUAAUAAUUAGUUGACGUAUCCUACAGAUAUAGUGAUCAUCAUUUCUCUUCGUUCAUUCGUCCGGGCAUUAUUACUUAAAUUGUUUUCCAUCCGUUGUUUGGUCUUUUUUCUCACCAUCGGAACCGAAAUGGCGGGCCAGAUUAGCUUUCGUAAAUAUACCGAUUUGCUGUAUAAUGAUAAGGAUGUAUCAAAAAACAAUGGAAAUUCAACACCAAUAUAUGGGCCUUAUGAAAAACUAUACCUCAAUGAUUGGGGUCAAUCUGAUAUACAUCAUGAUAUAGUGCAGGCCUUUCAUAAAAUGAAUAUAAUACAAAUGAAACCUAUACAGCAGAAUUCAUUUUUAUAUUUAAUGAAUCACUAUAAUACGGCAAUGAUUGGCUUUUCAAAAGGAAAAUCUAUUUCUUACUUAGCAAGUAUUUGUUCUUCAAUUAUGAGCAAUAUUGAUGAUACAGUGAAGAGUUUUGUCAUCGGACCCAAAGCUAUUAUACUAAGUAAUUCUUUAACAUCAUGUUCUACAUUGGAAUAUUUAUCAAAUAAACUUUUCUCUUCAACUAUAAAAAAGAAUAAUGUUGUUGUAGCUUAUGAAUCUAGUUCAGUACAACACACGAUAGUAAGUGAAACACUUAAAAAAAACGUCAUAUCCCAUAUCCCAUGAUUUCUAUAUUCUAAU